UUACAAACUACCUUACUGCUGCCUGACUGGAUUUUUUUCUGUUUAAUUGACAUUCACCAGUUGGAUAAUAAAAUUGUUGCAGUUAUGGCACAUCGUCACAUCGUUUAGAAUCAUUUGAUACACAGGGUCAAGGGGAACGAUGGGCUGUUAUUGUAUACAUUUGCGACAGUUGUACGUUUGUUUGUGGCAAAUGUAGGUUAGAAAAAGGCUGUGGUUGCUAGGUAGACAGAGAAAGGAAAAAUAAGUCAUCGGACGGAGAUGUGAAGAAAGAAAGCAGACCAGAAAGAAAGAAAGAAAGAAAGGAAUGAAGGCGGGUAGCUAGCUAGUUUCUCAGGGAAGCAUGAGAAGGAAGAGAGAUGAAAGAAUGGUGAUAGGCUGUGCUAGGUUCUAUAAUGGAAGGACUGGGAAAGGAGACAUCAAUAUGCAGUUCUAGGCCCAUCCCAUGGCUCAGUCACCCCGAAAAAGAGGCCUCGACCAGGCUCUGGAAACUCACCGACUGCUUCUCAGCCUGCGAGCAGCCAAACACCCCCAGUUACAACACAAACAGACAAAAAAUCGAAUACAUGGAGAGCCGAAAGCCAAUAUUGGAGCUGAAAGAUGUUCCGCCUCCUCCCCUUCACACCGCUGCCUCUCAGUUCUUCCCUCUUGCCCCCCUCCCUCUGCUGCCCCCUCCAUGUCCGCCGGCUCCCCCGCCAGAGUCCCUCCAGCCGCUGACUCAACCGGAGGGUAGCCCCGACGUAAGCGUGUGCUCUCGUCACUGUGAGCACUGUUGCACAGACCCGCUCGGUUCUUACGGGCUUCUUAGCGGUGGCGGUAGCACUAGUGUCAACAGCCGUGUCCCAGUCUACCUUCCGACUUCUCAGGAGGCCUCCGUCAGCAGGUUAGGCUCCAGUCAAAUAGCGGCUACACUUCUCCGGCCAAACCCACCCUUUCCCAGCUCUGGUGGUGGUGGCGGCGAUGCUCAGGGGAUGUUGCUUCCGUCCGGAGGCUACAAUCUCCCCUAUUCCUCCUGUGUAGCCAGCACCUCCCAGCCUCUGCCCGCACCGCAACACUCCCACCUCCCAUGCUCCUGCUGUAAAGGUGGCCUCCUCGGGCCCCUCUCUUUUACAUCGGUUCCUUUACCCCACAAUGAGUGUAAAUUUAUCACCCCCUCCGCCCCGCUUUCUGCCCCCCAACAUGGGGCCUGUAACCGGGGUACUGCCCCGAGGUAUUUCCCAAGUGGUGUGGACUACACCCCUGUCACCCGAGGGGGCCUUGGAGCCCCGGCACUAAUUAGUGACCCUCAAAGCCCCAACGUGGGACACGUCUGUUCCUCUAAUCACUCGGUGCACUUCAAUCUCGAGCACACGGUUUGUCGCACGGGGGCACACUACUGCCGGGACUGUUUCACAAAGCCUGGAGAUAAAGCGUGGCCUAACCUCCCCCUGCCCUCGUCCCAGUCAGCCCCCACACCCGUCCCCAUGUGUAACGGCUGUGGGACGGCCUCAGAUGGCCUGCUCCUACUGGGUUCCGGCCUUGUGUCCGGAACCAAGUAUGGCUCCCCAGAAGGUCCAGAGAACAUCCCUCCAGUCGGCGUGUUCUGGGACAUAGAGAACUGCUGCGUGCCCAGCAACCGCUCUGCCGCGGCCGUCGUCCAGCGCCUCCGCAGCCGCUUCUUCCAGGGCCACCGGGAGGCGGAGUUCAUCUGCGUCUGUGACAUCAGCAAGGAGAACAAGGCCGUCAUUCAGGAGCUGAACAACUGCCAGGUUACUGUUGCACACAUCAACGCUACGGCCAAGAACGCCGCUGACGACAAACUUCGCCAGAGCCUACGGCGCUUUGCGGAAACGCACACCGCCCCGGCCCAGGUGGUGUUAGUCUCCUCGGAUGUGAACUUUGCCAGCGAGUUGAGUGAUCUCCGACAUCGCCAUGGUUUCCGGGUGAUCCUGGUCCAUAAGAGCGGCCAGACGUCAGACGCUCUGCUCCAGCACGCCACCUGUCAUGUGGCCUUCGAAGAGAUUGUCGCUGACCUGCCGCCCAGACAGGCUGUCAAACCACAGCUUGGUUUCAGCCUGCUCUAUGUGUACAACCUGCCGCCUGGCCGCGACACCAAGAGCGUUAGCGGCCGCCUGCGUCGCCUGUCGGACAACUGUGGCGGCAAGGUGCUUGGCGUCUCCAUGGCCAACGGCACCGCCGUCCUCCGCUUCGGCUCGCAGGAGGCAGCGGAGCGGGCCCGCAAGCGCAUGGAGAACGAGGACGUGUUCGGCCGGCGCAUCACCCUCUCGUUCUCCCCGACCCCGCCGCCACCCUCCUCUAAGACCCCUCCUUCCCCGUCACCGGCUCACCCUACUCCCUCUUUCCCUCCCCUCGCCUCCUCUUUUCUUCCUCUGGAGAAGCCGCGCUCCCCUAGGAGGAACAGGCGUGCCCGACGGGAUGGUCAGAGAGAGAGGGAGGCCUCGCUCCCUGACCCGGUGCCCGAGAGGCCCUACAGCCCCAGGAGGGGGAGCGAGGAGGCGCCUUACCCCGGUUCGCCCCGAAACCCAACCCUUCCUCAGGAGCUAGGCAGUCUGGAGAACAAGCCCAAGAUGGGUGUGUUCCCCCUGGAGAAAGGCCUGCGCAACGCCUCCUCUUCCCCCCAGAGUAACGGAGAUGGCCCAUCCCGGCAGGGGCCCGUCAAGGCCGGCCUCAUAGGAGAGUCUAUGUUCCGUAGUGGAAGAAGGAGGGACCUCUCCUCUCCCCGCAGUGUGUCAGACUCUGAGCACCAUGUGGAGCGAGGCUCUGGGGAGUUCCAGGUCAGCACCCCUUCUGCCUUCAGCAAGCUCACCAUCCACAGGACCUUCAGCCCCCUGGUCCUGUCCCACGCACAAGGCCUCUCCCAGGGCUCCUGGUCCUCACGGAGUGCGUCCCCAUGCGCGUCGAGCCGCUCGUCCCCGCUGAUUGGCCCCCCUCCUCGGGGUGCCAGCAGCAGCCCAUGCCGCCCCGAGGGCUCUCCGGCCCUGGAGCCCUUCUCUGACGGAGUGGAUCUACAGGUGGCCAACCUGGACUACAGGAUGUCCCGCAAGGAGCUUCAGCAGUGCCUGUAUGAGGCCUUCUCCCGACAUGGAAGGGUGAAAGGUGUGGAGCUGAGUCCCCACACAGAUUACCAGCUUAAGGCCACAGUCCAGAUGACCUCCCUCCAGCAAGCCAUCAGUGCUGUCAGCGGGCUGCACCGCUACAAGAUAGGAGGGAAACGCAUCCAUGUCUCCCUCGUCACCGGGGCCGGCAACAAGUCUCUAGCCAUGCUCACCUCUGAAAUCAUCCAGAUUCUCCAGGACGCCCCUGCCAACUGCCUUCCCCUGUUCAAGUUCACCGAGAUCUACGAGAAGAAGUUUGGCCGGAAGCUGGCGGCGAGUGACCUGUACAGACUACCGGAGGUCGUGGCGGUGAGGGAGCAAGGCGGCGGCAGGCUGGUGUGCCUCCUCCCCGUCGGCCAGGCCCGGCAGAGCCCCCUGGGGUCCUCCCAGUCUCAGGACGGCUCCUCGGCUAGCGGCAGUCCGGUGGUGUUCGAGGAGCUGGAGUACCACGAGCCGGUCUGUCGGCUUCACUACCCCCAGCCGAAUUUCAGCGAGGCCGAUUUUGACCCGGACUCCUAUAAGAUCCCCUUUGUGGUGAUGUCUCUGAAGGGCUUGGCCUCGCAUGUCCACUGUCUGCUGCAGUCCCACGAGGGAAGCCUGCCCCUGCUCAGUUUCCCAGAGUGCUAUGAGUCAGAGUUUGGCUCCCUGGCGAUAUCUGAGGAGGGGACGGUGGACGGGGGCGUUCCCCUGGAGCAUCUCAUCACCUGCAUCCCCGGCAUCAACAUUGUCACGGCUCAGAACGGCUUCAAGGUCAUAAAGUGGAUCCACAACAAGCCGCCGGCGCCCAACACAGAUGCGUGGCUGCAGCGCUGCAAGUCCCCGGUGGGCAACCCGCAGCUGAUCCAGUUCAGCCGGGAGAUCAUCGACCUGGUGAAGAACCAGCCCCGCAGCCUGAUGCCCCUGGGCAAGUUCAUCCCGGCCUACCACCACCACUACGCCAAGCAGUGCCGGGUGUCUGACUACGGUUACUCCAAGCUGCUGGAGCUGCUGGAGGCCGUGCCGCAUGUCCUGCAGAUCCUUGGAAUGGGCAACAAGCGUAUGCUGACCCUCACCCAUCGGGCCCAGGUGAAGCGCUUCACCCAGGACCUCCUCAAGCUUCUCAAGUUCCAGGCCAGCAAACAGGUGGAGGUCAAGGACUUCAUGCAGGCCUAUCACUGGUGCUUUUCCAGGGACUGGCAGGUGCUGGACUAUGGGAUGUGUGACCUUAUGGACCUGCUAGCUGAGAUCCCUGACACCACCAUCACAAUCACACAGCAGGAUGUGGACACAGUGAUCUCUGUCCCCAAGAGAGAGCGCACCACCGACGAGAUUGAGCGGACCCGGCAGUUUGCCAAAGAGGUGGUGGACCUGCUCCGGCACCAGCCCCAUUGUCGCAUGGCCUUCAGCAAGUUCAUCCCCACGUACCACCACCACUUCGGGAGACAGUGCAAGCUCACCUACUACGGCUUCACCAAGCUCAUUGAGCUCUUCGAGGCCAUCCCUGAUGUUCUCACGGUGCUGGAGUGCGGUGAGGAGAAGGUGCUGACGCUCACGGAGAUGGAGCGGGUCAAGGCCCUGGCCGCCCAACUAGUCAAGCUGCUGCGCUCCCAGAGGGACUCCAGCCUGCCCGCCGCCCAGCUGCUCUCGGAGUACAGCAAGACCUUCGGCUACGGCCUCAGGCUCCAAGACUACGACGUGUCCUCCCUCCCCGCCCUGCUUGUCAAACUCUGUCACGUGGUCAAGGUGGUGGAUGGCGCCAAUGGACGCGAAGUCCAGCUGAUCAACAGGAAGUCCCUGCGCUCGCUGACCUGCCAGCUCCUGGCUCUGCUGAUGGGCUUGGGGCAGCACGAGGGGGACGGCUCAGUGAGCGUGGAGGGACUGAGUCUGCUCUACCAGUCGGUACAUGGGUUACAGCUGAACCCCUGUGAAUACGGCUUCCUCUCCCUCAGUGAGCUGCUCAAAAGCCUGCCUUACCUGGUGGAGCUGUUCUACGACAAGGGUGAGGAAGAGGGUGAGCGUGGCGAGGAAAGGGUGCGUCUGACCCGUCUGUACCAGUUUGCCCGCAGCGUGCGUGCCCUGCUCCACACCUACCACUACCACCAGAUCUUCCUGACCGAGUUCCCCGGGGCCUACGCCAAGUUCACCGGACGCAGCCUCCAGCCUCGCUCAUACGGCUACGCCACCGUGGACGACCUGCUCAACGCCAUACCACAAGUUGUGUGGAUCAAAGGGCACGGCCACAAGAGGAUUAUCGUUUUGAAGAACGAUAUGAAAGCAGUACGGGCCACUGGAUCCAGCCCUGCAGCCUCCGAAGACCCAGAGGAUGGUAACAGAGAUGGCACUGGUACCAACCCAGAGGCUGGACCUCUCAUCCAAGGCGGAGGAGCUGUGGAGGCAGAGCUCCUGUGCCUGUCCUCUCCGCUGGACCUGCUGUGUGGGCCGGUGCCAUCCUGCCUGCCCUCUCCCCAGCUGCACCCCGACCCCAUCCUGUUAGAACCGGCAGACCUCAUCCGCUUCGAACAGACCCCGUCACCAGCAGAGAGCAAUACACAGGUGGAAGAAGCUGUAGCAGAAAUGGCAGCCCCAACGGUCUGCUCCGAUGGGCCCAAAGAGGGCCCACUAACUGUUGACCAUCAGAACCGGGUUCCCCUGGUCUCUGCGGCAACCAAGUCUCCACACAGCGCAGGCCUUAAAAUGGAGACUGCCGAGAACAGCCCGGGUAGGAGGGCUCCACGCAAUAAAGUCAAACUAGCGGCAAACUUCUCUUUCACAGCCAGCCACUGACACACACACACACACGCACGCACGCACACACACACACAAGCACUGACGUGCACAUGCUGGAAUAUACACCUCCAACACACAGCUCAGAGUUUCUUGGCUCAACUGGAAAUGAACCCCAAAAAAUUAUGGUUGUGAUGUCCCCUCAUCUUGCAAAUGAUCUAUUUUUUAUUAUUUUGUUUUGGUCUUUCCUCAAGCAUUUCACUGUGCAUUCCCCCUGUCUUUUUUUCAAAGUCAACGUGUCAUUUUGAUGUAGGUGUCUGAAAAGGCCAUGGGUUUCUCUGUUGCAGUUUUACCUGCAGCAGCUCUUUUUCUUUCAAAGCUCUGUAACUUAAGUCGAGUUAGUGGACAUCCAAAGUUAUUGUAGUCAUGAAUUGUGUACUACUAAUAUUAGUGUGUUUAAAGCUGUGUUUCUCUGUGGGGAAAAAAAGGGGAAAAAACACUGCCCAGUUGGACAAUCUAGCAACAACCAAUACUGAGUGAGUUGCCACUGUAGCCAUGAGUUGACACUGAGUUUGUCUCUAGACAUUUUUACCAAUGAAGUCUUUUUCAAAACACUAUCCCCCCCCUCUGAAAUACUAACUUGUGUUUAAAAUUCUUAUACAGGAAUUUUGUACAAAUCUUAAUUAUUGAAAAAUCCAGGAAAUGUUGAAAUGAAGAAGCUAUAGGUUUAUCUGAGAAAAUGCUUUAUGAAUUGUAAGAUUAACAUUAUUUUGAUACUGCUUGACUAAGUUUCAAGAGAGGAUGUCGUGAAGUGUCAAGGCCCUCAUUCCUCUGUCUCUUGUCGCAGUAGGAGGCACUUUUCACAACUAAGUAAACCUGGUUUUAGUGUAGACUAGUUUUGCCUUCGAGGCAGUUUUGAAGAUGGUAUUGACAGAACUAUAGUGGAGUUACCAUGCCCAUCUCAUUCUUUAACUCUUCUCUUGGGCAACGUUUAGAUUUAAAUGUUUACUCUCGAACACUGUAGUGUUCAUUAUAGACCUGAGACAUCUUUUCCCCUGAACUCUGUUCAUUGAUAAAUUGAAGACCAUGUUUUUUUUGUUAUUUUUUCUCAGUCCAAUAUAGUAGUUGAUGACAGGAGUGAACCAACAGCUGUUCAAGUGUUCAAGUAACUUACCUUGAUGGCAGUCUCUGGUCUCUGUAAAAACUAACUAUGCUCUUAGCUAGGUGUUCUCCUGGGUUGUUUCAGUCAUCACGUUCUCUGCAACAAGGAGGGUAGUAUGAAUGAGGAAUUCUGAUUCCAGAGCAAGUGUUUGAAACGAGCUCUUGGCGACGCAGAUGGCCGUAUAUAUCCAGGGCAGAAUUCUAUAGACCCGCGAUACUCAAGAACGAGUGUUGCGCGGCUUGAAGGCGGCACGGACAGAGAUGUUGUGGCACUGCUGCCGCAAGCAGAGUUAAAUUCAGAUGUAGAAAUGGGUGGAGAUUUUUAGUUGUGUUUUUAGAGGUUAUAUGUAGGCAUGAGGUUUACACUUGAAUAAAUAUAAGCUGGUGUGUAAUAUGCAUGUUGUGCAUAAAUAAUAGCUUUUAUGCAUGGUGUAAACCCAGGGUGAAGGAAACUUUAAGGCUGUUAGCCAGUGGUGUUUUUCCUCUUUUAAAGAAAUGAGUUGAAGUAAUCUCUUGUUUUCCACCUACUGCGUAGAGGGAUGCUUCACAGCGCAGAUACCCCUCCCAAUUACCAUGGAAACCUCCACGGUUGUUUUCGUUAAACCCUGCUGCCUCUGUUGUCGUUUUCUUCAGUGUUGUCUGAGGAGCUACCGCCGCAUAGGUUUUAUUUGUAACCUUUUUUUUUUUUUUUUUAAAGAACGACAUCACUUGGUGUUUUUAGUAAAAUAUUUGAGGAGAGGAGAUCGGGGGUGAUGUUGACUCCGGCUGAACCAGUGACAGGGGGCCCUUUUGGGGACCCAUCAGAGGGUCCCCCCCGACGCGGUUCUCUGGCCACCACCUGGCUUUUACAAUGGCUUGUAUCUGCCACGGCGCAUAGUGAAGGUUACUGAACGGACUGAAGCCAUACCACACCCGAUCUCCCUCUCCAGGCAUCAAACGAUUUUUACUUGUGAUUUGUCUUUACGAUUUAGUUCUCUGUUGCAUUGCCUUCUAAAAAGCCGAGAAACUAUCCUUCGUGUUGCUGAGUGCGCUUGUUCUGUCAUCCCUAAAUUCAAACAUUGAGUUCCUACUGCAGUGCAAUGUGGUUUGGAAUGAAGGAAGUAUUAAAGUAACCAAGUUGAAAAACUGCAUCCCUGUGAGCCACAUAGGCCUAUAAACUGAUGAACUAUGUUUCUGCUCAUUGGCUACUCACAGUAACUUUUGGAGAUGCAGACAGAGACCAGAGAGUUGGGCAUUAACCUAUGAUGGUGUUGACCCCUUACGGUCCAAAUUGUUGGUAUUGAUCUCCUUGCCAAGAUGACUGGUCAGAUUCCUGUCCUCAUUGUUUUUCCUGUCAACUGUUUAAAAUUAGCAUCUCUUUUGGAUUAUCCUUGUUAGUUGUUAGUUGGACCUGUGUUUUGAAGCCCAACACUGACUUCCUUCCUUGUUUCAAAUAAGAUGAGUCACUUAGAAAAGGGGCGGCAGAUUUUCCAGAAUCCCAAGCAAUUUCCAAUCGAAGUAUUAGACCCAGUUUUAGUGAGCAGAAUUGGAUUUCUCUCUUAACCAAGGCACAAAAGUUGCUUUAAAAUUGUGCUGUUAACUCGUGUGCUACAGUGUCCGCAAGCUCAGGGCGAAGAGUCAAAUAAGAGGCGCAAUUCUCUUAAGUCAGCUUGCAUCUGUAAAAGGCAAAUGUGUUAGUAAUGCGGUCAGUAUGCACAUUUGCAUAUUUUUGGUUGAAAAAGAGAUGUAUUAUGGGUUUGUGAGGUAAGAGAAACUAGUUUCCCUAUGUAGUGUACUAUCUGAUAGGUCCCUGGUCAAAUGAAGUGUGAUACGUGGGCCCUCUCGCACACGGCCGUGUUGUUUUUAAGUGUGGAACGCACCCGCCUCUCGUGCACUUGUUGUCAAGGUUCUCCUCGUGAUGAUUUUUGUUCUGCUGUUCUGUAUCUAACUGGUGUGUUCUGUCCCAUCCUCACCCUCUGUUCUCGCACCACACGUACACACACAAGAUGUUGCUGUAAGAGUUUCAUUUCAUGUUGAAGGGACCAGAUUAUUUCUGUUGAAUAAACCACACAAGCAUUA